UUUUGUUUGUGCAGAUAAUUGAUAAGAUUAAAAGAUAGAAUUAAAAGAAAUAUAAAUAGCGAUCGAUCUUCUAAACGCCACAGUGGGUAAAAGAUUAGUAAUUAUGAAGUUGACUCUUGCUUUGCUGUUUGUUUCUUUGGCUUACACAGCCUAUGCUGUACCCAUUGAAGAAUCAGUCACCUACCCCAGACAUAUGCAAUUCCCUGGAGGCGAUGGUGUGAUGCAUGACAUUGAUUUGGAUGGAGAGGUCGAUGAAGAGUUGCUGAUUGGCAUUGCUGAACGCAAUGUCUACAUUUUGUUCACAAGACUCAAUCCUACUGCUGGCCAAACUUUAGUCAUCAACGACGCGGAUUCCAUCAGAAACUCCAAUUUCAACCCUGCUCACAAUACUGUGGUGAUCUCCCACGGCUGGCUCAGUAACCAGAACACUGGAAUCAACGGCCUAAUCCGUGAUGCUUACCUCAACAAGGGAGAUACCAACGUGAUUGUCCUCGACUGGAGACGCCUAGCUAUAUCCAACUAUGUUACUGCUGUACGAGGAGUACCCAUCGUGGGUGUAGGCUUGGGGCAGUUCAUUCGUUACCUGGUCGGUGUCACUGGUGCUAGCUAUGACACCAUCCACUUGGUUGGCUUCAGCUUGGGCGCUCAUCUAGUCGGCAAUGCUGGUCGGGAAUUGGAAGGAAGAUUAGCUCGUAUUACUGCUCUUGACCCCGCUGGUCCCCUAUGGGUCUUCAACUCCAAUCGCGUUAACUCAAAAGACGCGAAAUAUGUCGAGGGCAUCCACACCAACGGCGGUCUCAUCGGUCUCGGUUACGGUUCUCCCGUGGGUCACGUGGAUUUCUUCCCCAACGGUGGGAGCUCCCAACCCAGCUGCCUCACCCCCAUCUGUGACCACAACCGCGCCUGGGAACUCUUCGCUGCGUCUGUCAGCUACAAUCAUUUGAUUGGCAGGAAGUGCUCGAAUGAUAUCCAGAUUACUCUGAACUCAUGCCGUGGAGGCACAUUCCCAAUGGGCAACGACGACUUGCAUAAACAAGGAUCAGGAAAAUACCGCGCUAACACCAGCGGCAAAUACCCCUUCUAAGCGAUACAAAUAAAUACUCAAAUUUAUAAUUAUAUAUUUCAUUUAUUUAAAAUCAUCAUCAUAGUAUCAUGCUAAGUAUAUGAUACAAUCAAAAUUUGUUUUUACUUUCA